AGCUAAACUGGAAGUAUUCACAGGCAGAGGGGGAGGGGAGAGAAAGCAGGAAAGACUGCUCGCUCUCUCUCUCUCUCUCUCUCUCUCUCUCUCUCUCUCUCUCUCUCUCUCUCUCUCUCUCUCUCUCUCUCAGCAUUUGUGCUUUUGUUAGUUCUACACAAGAGGCAGGGAAACAAGAGAUAACAAAGGCUCCAUUUCCUUUCUGUUAGAGAAGGCUUUUGUCUUUCCUCUAGAAACAAUGUCAGUGUCAGGCAAGAAAGAGUUUGAUGUGAAACAGAUCCUGAGGCUGCGCUGGAGAUGGUUUAGUCAUCCUUCUCAAGGAUCGCCUAACACUGGAAGCUGCCUUCAGCAGGAAGGAUAUGAGCAUAGAGGGACCCCGGUUCAGGGCAGGUUGAAGAACCACUCACGGGACAGAAACGGACUGAAGAAAAGCAAUAGUCCUGUCCACCACAACAUACUGACGCCUGUGCCUGGACCAGCCCCUACCCAUCAAAGAGUCCUUCAGAAUUGGCACCAACAAAACAUAAUAGUACAUCUUCAAGCAAAUGAAGACACUCCUAAAGGCGUUCCAGAAGAAAAUUUGCUCAAAGAAGCUUGUGACAAGAGCUCACGAGAUUUGGAGAUGAUGAGUGAUGACAAUAUAGAAGAUUGUAGAGCAAGACUACAGGUUCAGGAACCUGAAGAAAUGAAUAGCAGUUGUGAGGAUCACUUCCGUUGUCAAAACCAUGCAAAUUACACUCUCUGUAAAAUGGAAAACUAUUUGAAAGAGAAAAAAUUGUGUGAUGUGCUACUUAUUGCUGGGCCUCUCAAAAUCCCAGCUCACCGAUUGGUUCUCAGUGCAGUGUCUGAUUAUUUUGCUGCAAUGUUUACUAAUGAUGUGCUUGAAGCAAGACAGGAAGAGGUCAGGAUGGAAGGAGUAGAUCCACAUGCACUUAAUUCUUUGGUGCAAUAUGCUUAUACAGGUGUUCUGCAACUGAGAGAAGACACCAUUGAGAAUUUGCUGGCUGCAGCAUGUCUCUUACAGCUGACUCAGGUCAUUGAUGUCUGCUGCAAUUUCCUCAUAAAGCAGCUUCAUCCUUCAAACUGCCUAGGGAUUCGCUCAUUUGGAGAUGCCCAGGGUUGUGUGGAGCUUCAGAAUGUGGCACAUAAGUACACCAUGGAACACUUCAUUGAUGUAAUAAAGAACCAAGAAUUCCUUCUCCUUCCGGUUAAUGAAAUUUCAAAACUUCUGUGUAGUGAUGACAUUAAUGUACCUGAUGAGGAAACAAUUUUCCAUGCUCUUAUGCAGUGGGUAGGUCAUGAUUCUCAGACUAGGCAAGGACAUCUGGCGAAGCUGCUUUCUUAUAUCAGACUGCCAUUACUUUCACCACAGUUACUUGCAGAUCUGGAAAACUGUGCAAUGUUUACUGAUGAUCUGGAGUGUCAGAAGCUACUAAUGGAAGCUAUGAAGUAUCAUCUUUUGCCUGAGAGAAGAUCCAUGUUGCAAAGCCCUCGUACCAAACCUAGAAAAUCAACUGUGGGUGCACUUUAUGCUGUGGGAGGUAUGGAUGCUGCUAAAGGUACCACUACAAUUGAGAAGUAUGACCUCAGAACCAACAAUUGGAUCCAAAUUGGCACUAUGAGUGGACGUAGACUUCAGUUUGGUGUUGCGGUUGUUGACAAUAAACUAUAUGUUGUGGGAGGAAGAGAUGGCUUAAAAACUUUAAAUACUGUGGAAUGUUUUAAUCCAGUUACCAAAGCCUGGGUUGUGAUGCCUCCUAUGUCAACACAUAGACAUGGGUUAGGCGUAGCCACCCUUGAAGGACCAAUGUAUGCUGUUGGAGGUCACGAUGGAUGGAGUUAUCUAAAUACUGUAGAAAGAUGGGAUCCUGAGGGACGGCAGUGGAAUUACGUAGCCAGCAUGUCAACUCCUAGAAGCACAGUUGGAGUUGUUGCAUUAAACAACAAGCUGUAUGCCAUUGGUGGGCGUGAUGGAAGUUCCUGCCUCAAGUCAAUGGAGUACUUUGAUCCACACACUAACAAGUGGAGUCUGUGUGCCCCGAUGUCCAAAAGACGUGGAGGUGUAGGCGUAGCAACACACAAUGGAUACUUGUAUGUUGUAGGGGGUCAUGAUGCCCCAGCUCCGAACCAUUGCUCCAGGCUCUCCGACUGUGUGGAAAGAUAUGAUCCAAAACGUGAUUCGUGGUCAACUGUGGCACCUUUGAGUGUUCCUCGAGAUGCUGUUGCCGUGUGCCCCCUUGGAGACAAACUCUAUGUGGUUGGUGGAUAUGAUGGCCAUACUUAUUUGAAUACUGUUGAAUCAUAUGAUGCGCAGAAAGAUGAAUGGAAAGAGGAAGUCCCUGUGAACAUCGGAAGAGCUGGUGCCUGUGUUGUAGUUGUGAAGCUACACUGA